GAGAAAACAGAGAGACUUGCAAACAUUCCGAGAAAACCCAAAUAAGAAAAAUCUAUUUCUUUUCUUUAUCAAGCUUCCGAAUUUCCAAGACAACAAAAUCAAGAAUCGUAGAAAUCAAACGUUGCUUUUAUUCAAGCUUCCUAGAAUCACAUCCUUUGUGGUUUUCUGAAGUAUUCAUCAUUAUUAUUUUCUACGGUUAACUUAAUGGCAGAAUUGAGAUGUUAUUAACAGGUAAACCAUAAAUUAACAGAAUCGAAACACAAGAAUAAGACCAAGAAAACACACACACACACGUGUUGUCAAAAGAUCUGAAAACAUGUUCUGUUGCGGAGGUGCCGAUGAGGAACCAGCCGGUCCACCCGCAAACCAGUAUUCCGCCCCUCCUAACAAGGCUGGAAACCCUAACGUUGGCGGUGGAAAUAGAGGGGAACCGAGGAACACGAACGCACCUAGAUCAGGAGGUCCUGCCAAGGUUUUACCCAUAGAGAUCCCUGCGGUUGCAUUGGAUGAGUUGAACAGAAUGACGGGUAACUUCGGCAACAAGGCACUGAUCGGUGAAGGUUCUUAUGGACGUGUCUUCCAAGGCAAGUAUAAUGGAGACGAUGUUGCUAUCAAGAAGCUUGACGCCUCUUCUGAAGAACCUGACUCAGAUUUCACCUCACAGUUAUCGGUUGUAUCACGGCUCAAAAACGAACAUUUUGUGGAGUUGAUGGGGUACUGCUUGGAAGCAAAUAAUCGCAUCCUCAUCUAUGAGUUUGCGAGCAAAGGUUCUUUACACGAUGUCUUACACGGGAGAAAGGGCGUGCAAGGGGCUGAGCCAGGGCCGGUGCUGAACUGGAACCAAAGGGUCAAGAUUGCGUAUGGAGCAGCCAGGGGGCUUGAGUUCCUUCACGAGAAGGUCCAGCCAUCAGUAGUACACAGGGACGUAAGGUCGAGCAAUGUCUUGUUGUUCAAUGACUUUGUGGCCAAAAUGGCUGAUUUCAACUUGACCAACGCAUCCUCUGAUUCAGCGGCUAGGCUUCAUUCUACUCGAGUCUUGGGAACCUUCGGCUAUCACGCUCCAGAGUAUGCAAUGACGGGACAGAUAACACAGAAGAGUGAUGUGUAUAGUUUUGGUGUUGUGCUUUUGGAGCUCUUGACGGGAAGAAAACCUGUAGAUCAUACCAUGCCUAAAGGCCAACAAAGUCUUGUUACUUGGGCAACACCGAGACUAAGUGAAGACAAAGUCAAACAAUGCAUAGAUCCUAAGCUUAAUAAUGAUUUCCCUCCCAAAGCAGUCGCCAAGUUGGCAGCUGUGGCGGCCUUGUGUGUUCAGUACGAGGCAGACUUCCGACCAAACAUGACAAUCGUUGUCAAAGCACUUCAGCCUCUUCUUAACUCUAGACCAGCCGGUCCUGAGUCUACUUCCUAAAUAACAGAUUUACCAUUUGUCUUGUUUUUGUGUUUUGUUAUUAUUGUUAUGGCUAUUUUUUUUCUCCUUUCUGUGUCAGAUAACUAUGAUUAUUGGUUAUAAGAUGCUAUUUAAUCGAAUGUAACUUAUAUAUUUUUAUUGUUAUAAAGCCCUCUUUCUUU